CUUCACUUCACUCCGUCUGGUGGAAGCUGAAGUGAAGCACGGAGAUCCUUUUCUACAGACCUGCUGAGGACAGAAGAGAGCUGCUCACUGAGGAACAUCAUGUCUACAAGCUCAGUGAAGCUGUGAGUCUUUAAAAGGAAAGAUGGAGAAAGUUAAGAAGGACAUCCUCUACACUUUAGAGGAGCUCAAGGAGGAGGAGUUUGAACGGUUCAAGUGGCACCUGAAGAACAAUCCAAGCCCAGGAGACCCCCGAUCAAUCCCACCAUGUGACCUGCAGAAAGCAGACAGGAUGGACACAGUGGACCUGAUGGUUCUGUGCUACGACACAGACUCGGUUCAGGUGGCCGUGAAGGUUUUGGAAGAGAUGCAAAAGAACAAUUUGGCUGAAAAAUUAUCCAAAAUGAACUUUACAGGUGAACUGAAUCCUGGGGGAGGAGAUCGAGGUCAAGAGAUUUUCACCAACUGUCAACGUGAACUCAAAUCCAACCUGAAGGAGAAGUUCCAGUCUGUGUUUGAGGGCAUCGCUGAAGCAGGAAACCCAACCCUUCUGAAUGAGAUCAACACAGAGCUCUACAUCACAGAGGGAGGGACUGCAGAGGUCAAUGAAGAACAUGAGGUCAGACAGAUUGAAACAGCAUCCUGGAGACCAGAAACAACCAUCAGACUAGAAGACCUCUUCAAAGCCUCAGCUGGAGGAGAAGAACCAAUCAGAACAGUGAUGACUAAGGGAGUGGCUGGCAUUGGGAAAACAGUCUUAACACAGAAGUUCACUCUGGACUGGGCUGAAGACAAAGACCACCAGGACAUACAGUUCACAUUUCCAUUCACCUUCAGAGAGCUGAAUGUGCUGAGAGAAAAGAGGUUCAGCUUGGUGGAACUUGUUCAUCACUUCUUCAGUGAAACCAGAGAAGCAGGAAUCUGCAGGUUUGAAGAGUUCCAGGUUGUGUUCAUCUUUGACGGUCUGGAUGAGUGUCGACUUCCUCUGGACUUCCACAACAAUGAGAUCCUGACUGAUGUCACAGAGACCUCCUCAGUGGAUGUGCUCCUCACAAACCUCAUCAGGGGGAAGCUGCUUCCCUCUGCUCGCCUCUGGAUAACCACACGACCUGCAGCAGCCAAUCAGAUCCCUCCUGAGUGUGUUGGCAUGGUGACAGAGGUCAGAGGGUUCACUGACCCCCAGAAGGAGGAGUACUUCAGGAAGAGGUUCAGAGAUGAGGAGCAGGCCACCGUGAUCAUCUCUCACAUCAAGACCUCACAAAGCCUCCACAUCAUGUGCCACAUCCCAGUCUUCUGCUGGAUCACUGCUGGAGUUCUGGAGGACGUGUUGAAGACCAGAGAGGGAGGAGAGCUGCCCAAGACCCUGACUGAGAUGUACAUCCACUUCCUGGUGGUUCAGUCCAAAGUGAAGAAGGUCAAGUACGAUGGAGGAGCUGAGACGGAUCCACACUGGAGUCCAGAGAGCAGGAAGAUGAUCGAGUCUCUGGGAAAACUGGCCUUUGAUCAGCUGCAGAAAGGUCACCUGAUCUUCUAUGAAUCUGACCUGACAGAGUGUGGCAUCGAUAUCAGAGCAGCCUCAGUGUGCUCAGGAGUGUUCACUCAGAUCUUUAGAAAGGAGAAAGGACUGUUCAAGGAGGUGUUCUGCUUCGUCCAUCUGAGUGUUCAGGAGUUUCUGGCUGCUCUUCAUGUCCAUCUGACCUUCAUCAACUCUGGUGUCAAUCUGCUGUCCACCUCCAUGUGGUUUAAAAUCAAACGUAAACCAAAACGUUUCUACCAGAGUGCUGUGGACAAGGCCUUAAAGAGUCCUAAUGGACACCUGGACUUGUUCCUCCGCUUCCUCCUGGGUCUUUCACUGGAGACCAAUCAGAAUUCUCUACAAGGUCUGCUGACACAGACAGGAAGUUGCUCACAGACCAAUCAGGAGACAGUCCAGUACAUCAAGGAGAAGAUCAGUGAGAUUGUGUCUCCAGAGAAAAGCAUCAAUCUGUUCCACUGUCUGAAUGAACUGAAUGAUGUUUCUCUAGUGGAGGAGAUCCAAAGGUCCCUUAGAUCAGGACGUCUCUCCACACAUGAACUGUCUCCUGGUCAGUGGUCAGCUGUGGUCUUCAUCUUACUGUCAUCAAAAGAAGAUCUGGAGGUGUUUGACCUGAAGAAAUACUCUGCUUCAGAGGAGGCUCUUCUGAGGCUGCUGCCAGUGGUCAAAGCCUCCAACAAAGCUCUACUGAGUGACUGUAACCUCUCAUGGAGAAGCUGUGAAGAUCUGUCCUCAGUCCUCAGCUCAUGGUUCUCUAGUCUGAGAGAACUGGAUCUGAGUAACAACGACCUGCAGGAUUCAGGAGUGAAGCUGCUGUGUGAUGGACUGAAGAGUCCACACUGUGACCUGGAGACUCUCAGACUCAGUGGCUGUAACCUCUCAGGGGGAAGCUGUGAAGUUCUGUCCUCAGUCCUCAGCUCCCAGUCCUCUAGUCUGAGAGACCUGGAUCUGAGUAACAACAACCUGAAGGAUUCAGGAGUGUGGUACCUACGUCAUGGACUGAAGAGUCCACACUGUGACCUGGAGACUCUCAGACUGAGUGACUGUAACCUCUCAGAGAGAAGCUGUGAAGAUCUGUCCUCAGUCCUCAGAUCCCAGUCCUCUAGUCUGAGAGAACUGGAUCUGAGUAACAACGACCUGCAGAAUUCAGGAGUGAAGCUGCUGUCUGAUGGACUGAAGAGUCCACACUGUGACCUGGAGACUCUCAGACUGAGUCUCUGUAACCUCUCAGAGAGAAGCUGUGAAGAUCUGUCCUCAGUCCUCAGAUCCCAGUCCUCUAGUCUGAGAGAACUGGAUCUGAGUAACAACCGCCUGCAGAAUUCAGGAGUGAAAAUGCUGUCUGAUGGACUGAAGAGUCCACACUGUCACCUGGAGACUCUCAGACUGAGUGGCUGUGACCUCUCAGAGAGAAGCUGUGAAGAUCUGUCCUCAGUCCUCAGCUCCCAGUCCUCUAGUCUGAGAGAACUGGAUCUGAGUGACAACGACCUGGAGGAUUCAGGAGUGAAGCUGCUGUGUGAUGGACUGAAGAGUCCACACUGUCACCUGGAGACUCUCAGCCUGUCAGGCUGUCUGAUCACAGAGGAAGGCUGUGCUUCUCUGGUCUCAGCUCUGAGCUCCAACCCCUCCCACCUGAGAGAGCUGGACCUGAGCUACAACCAUCCAGGAGACUCGGGAAUGAUGCUGCUUUCUGAUGGACUGAAGGAUCCUCGCUGGAGACUGGAGACUCUCAGGGUGGAGCCUGCUGGAGUCCGAUGGAUGACACCAGGUCUGAGGAAAUAUUCCUGUGAACUCACAAUCGACACAAACACCGUAAACAGAGACCUCAAACUGUCUGACAAUAACAGGAAGGUGACACGUGUGAAGGAGGUUCAGUCAUAUCCUGAUCAUCAAGACAGAUUUGACCUCUGUCCUCAGCUGCUGUGUGGAACUGGUCUGACUGGUCGCUGUUACUGGGAGGUCGAGUGGAGCGGAAGAGUUUAUGUAUCAGUGAGUUACAGAGGAAUCAAGAGGAAAGGAGUCAGUUAUGACUGUUGGUUUGGAGAGAAUCAUCAGUCCUGGAGUCUGAUCUGCUCUUAUGGAGAUUACUAUGUCCUUCACAAUAAGACAUUAACACGCAUCUACUCCUCCUCCUCCUCUGGUAGAGUAGCAGUGUAUGUGGACUGUCCUGCUGGCUCUCUGUCCUUCUUCAGAGUCUCCUCUGACUCACUGAUCCACCUCCACACCUUCAGCACCACAUUCACUGAACCUCUUUAUCCUGGGUUCAGGUUCAGUUCUGGUUCCUCAGUGUAUCUGUGUCCUCUUUAGGACGGAGAGUCUCCUCCUGGUGGAGAACCUUCCUCUCUGCUCACCACAUAGUUGUAGAUGUAGGUUCAUCAGGAUCAGGAAUCAGGAAACGUUUAUUGCCAUCAUAUGUUGGACAUACAUGGUGCAGACAGAAGACCGUACAAUAAUGACGACAUAGUACAGAUAAGAUAAAAAUAAAAGUGUAAUAAACUAUAUGCUAUGGGUUAGUAGCCUAAAAACUGAAGCUAUGGGUUAGUAAGUUAGAGGAGAUAAGAUUAAAUGGACCGAGAGGCAGAGACGUGUUUCCCCAGCUUCACGUGCUGCUUCCUGUCGGACAGGAAGUCAGGGAUCCACUUGCAGGUGGAGUCGGUCACGUUCAGCUGGGAGAGUUUGUCCUGCAGUAGAGACGUGAUGAUGGUGUUGAAGGCAGAGCUGAAGUCCACAAACAGGAUCCUGGUGUAGGUUCCUGGGGAGUCCAGAUGCUGGAGGACGAAGUGGAGGACCAUGUUGACAGCAUCUUCUACAGACCUGUUGGCUCUGUAGGCAAGCGUUUUUACAAUUGUGAUUGAUCUUAUUUAUUCCUCCACUCAAAGACAAUUAUUACUUUAGAGUUUCAGAUUAUUCACACACAAUGUAUCUGUUAAUAAAUGAUGAUGUUGUUAUGG